GGCAAAGAAAGAAAAAUUGCAAGAGGGAGGUCUUAUUAUGAUUUGAGUGGCCUAUUGAGGGGUUCAAAUUUUUCAAAUCCGAAUAAUGGCUACAUCUCCUCCUCCCAUGAUCGUUCAAGUCUCCAAAUGCUUAGUUAAACCCUCAUCAUGCCCAAACCCUGCUGUCAAUAUCUGCCAUCUCACGCAUUGGGACCUUCCCCUGCUCUCUUUAAACUACAUUCAGAAAGGGCUCCUCUUCUCAAACCUCCCCUCUGCGUUCUCCAUCGAGAGUAUCAUCGAUCGCCUGAUGUCCUCUCUGUCCGUCGCCCUCUGCCACUUCUACCCUCUCGCUGGUCGCCUCAAAACUGAACGGGUUUUAGACAAUAACGGUAAAAUCAGCGGUCUACAAGUCUCAAUCGACUGCAAGAGCCAAGGGGCGGAGUUCAUCUAUGCCAUAGCCCCUGAUGUCACAAUUUCUGAUGUUCUUGCUCCAUCAGACGAUAUUCCGUCGUUCCUUCAAUCUUUCUUUCCUUUUAAUGGAGCCAUCAACCACGAUGGCCACACUCUCCCACUUCUCGCCAUUCAGCUUACAAAACUCUCCGAUGGCAUCUUUCUUGCUUGUUGUUUCAAUCAUGUUGUUGGGGACGGUACCUCUUAUUGGCACUUCUUUAAUGCCUGGGCUGAGAUUGCCCGCUCAACAAAAGAAGGUGACUUCACCAUCUCUAGGCCUCCCGUUCAUGACCGUUGGUUCAUUGAGGAAGAAAACCCUCCUAUAAAGCUACCAUUCUCAGACCCGGAGGAAUACAUUGAGAGGCCCAACCCACCUCCUCUAAGAGAAAAGAUCUUUCAUUUCUCUUCACAAUCCAUUGCUCAGUUAAAAGCAAAGGCCAACAAGGAGUGUAACACCGAUGUAAUCUCCUCUUUCCAAGCCUUGUCUGCCCUGAUAUGGCGAUCUGUCACGCGUGCACGUUGUCUACCUCCUGAUCAGAAGACUAGUUGCUUACUUUCAAUUCAAUACCGUGCACGACUGCAACCACAGUUAUCGCCCGAUUACUUUGGGAAUUCAAUGUCUGCAGCGGUUGCAAGUGCAACGGUUGGUGAACUGAUGGCCCAUGGGCUCGGAUGGGCAGCUUCGCUUGUGCAUCAGAGUGUGACGUUGCACACUGAUACUGCAAUUAGGGAAUUUGUUAGGAAGUAUCAUCAGAAGCCUGUUGUGUAUCGGUUGAGUGGACUUAAGAAUUCAUCUUUGAUGAUUGGGAGCUCACCAAGGUUUGACAUGUAUGGAUGUGAUUUUGGAUGGGGGAAGGCGGUGGCAUUGAGGAGUGGCAUUGCAGAUAAGUUUGGUGGUAAAGUGACAUCGUAUCCUGGGCAGGAGGGUGGAGGGAGUGUGGAUAUCGAGGUGUGUCUGUUACCAGAGUCCAUGGCUUCUCUAGAGGUGGAUGAGGAGUUCAUGGCUUGUGUUUCUCCUUCUCAGUGAGAUGGCGUCUUCUCCUAAAUGCUUUAAGUUAAAGAAUAAGCAAAAAGCUUAGGACUUACUGCGCUUAUAAUUUGAUCAUGAUGUUAAUUUCUUAUGUCUGAUCUACGUCAACAAGACUUAUUGAAUAAGAACGAGGGAACAAAGUUAAUAGAGUCUAUGUUGGAGCUUGGAAAUUAAAUGAUAAACUUCAAAGGCUUAGCUGUUGUACUGUCUCCGAUUGAUUCAUAGUUUUACCUUCUUUAUGUUUCAAGUGCAAUGUACCAUUUGUGCGUCAUAAUCCUUGCUGGCUGAUGGCAAAAUUUACGCUAGCUGUUGUUUA